AUGGCGUCCUAUGGCGUUCAGUUCACGGGUAAAUUUGGUGCUCACGUUAUAUUCAGCGUUCUUCGGAAGGUGGACAUUGAAGCAACAAUCGGAGAAAUCGUUCAAGAUCUGGCCGCUGAUAAUUUUGUGGUUAAGAACAUCAAGGCAUAUAAGGAAAACUAUGAUAACAAUGUGACGUUUCUUGAACCUAAGGCGUUUGGAAAUCUGCCCACAUUAGGUACUCUGAACAUGAACAAUAUCAAGUUAGCUACCUUCGACGUCGGGUAUUUCAUGGGCCACUUUGAAAUCGAUAGACUUCUGAUGGAUUCUUCAGGCAUAAAGUACAUUCAUCCAGUGAACACAACGUUGGUACAAAAAGGAAAUGUGCCACUGAUUAAAGAACUUACAUUAAAUUUUAACAUCUUAAGUAACAUUCCUAGGUAUGCUCUUCGUGGUUUUGAAAAACUGCAAGUCCUAAACCUUCAAGGGAAUCGUAUAUCGAGCAUCAAUAAUGAAUCUUUUUGUGGCUUACAUGCACUGGUAGCCCUCAGUUUGUUUUAUAAUAAAAUAAAUUCACUUCCCCGCGCCUCGUUCGCUUGCGCCUCGAAUCUCACGAACAUUGAUUUGUCACGUAAUAACCUCGCGACAUUGGAUCCCCAAUGGUUUGACAGAUCCUGGUUUCUCCGCAGCCUGGUGGUAGAUCAAAGUGGCAUCCGUCGCAUCGCGGUCGGACCAUGGAAGGCAACUAAUCUCCAGACUCUUGUUCUUACAAACAACGAUCUCCAUUCUCUUUCUCAUGGCACCUUCAAUGGCUUGGCAAAUUUGAAAACACUUAUUGUUUCAGGCAAUUUCAAUCUUUUUCAAAUGUCAGAGGACGCCCUCACAUCAGUUGGUUCCUUAGAAUCCCUCGUCAUGACGGAUUUGAGACAAUUUACUAUGAAAGGUUCGUUUAGAAAUAUGCAACAACUACUUUAUCUGGAUAUGUCAUAUAGCCUGUUGAAAAUGUCAUCAAUUGACCAGUUCACGAAUACAUCUGCGCUGAGGGUUCUCAAUAUGUCGGGAUCACAUCUCAAAGCUGAGGAUUUAGUUGAUAUACAGACAGGGACAUCGUUGUUUUCAGGCUUGGUCUCAUUGCAUAUCCUUAAACUACGGAAAAACUCUUUAGAUAACCUACACAAUAUUCCUGGCAUAUUCACCCCGCUUGGUAGUCUUGUUGAGCUAGACUUAACAAGUUGUCGUAUACUACAAGUUGCGUCAGGAACAUUUGCAAACUUAACGACCCUGCUAGUGCUUCGUCUGCCUCAAAAUCAAUUAACCAGCAUUUUCAAGGACGCUUUUCAUGGAUUGUACAAUUUACAGGUGUUGCAGCUGCAGUAUAAUUCAAUUACAUUCAUCGACCAAGAGCUAUUUCGGGGCACAAAUGAACUUGUACAGUUGUACUUACAGAACAAUCAUAUUUCGACCGUAGCCUCCAACACUUUCAUGCCGUCAAGUUUGAUUAGAUUAAAUAUUGCAAAAAAUCCCUUAUCAUGCGAUUGCGAACUCACCUGGUUCAGACAAUGGUUGAACGAGGUUGAAGGAAAAAUAAAUUUCGAUCCAGAAAAUGAAACCCUAUGCUCUAGCAGUUCCUUAAAACCGUUGGUCAAUCAAAUAAUUUGGUCGUUCCAUCCGUUUGAAUAUUGUAGGAUCAAUGCCAUGAUAAUCGUUUCCGCAUGUUUUGCGCCGAUUUUAGUUUUAACCCUCGGUAUACUCGUGUAUCUGAACCGAUGGUGGAUAAACUAUAAGUUGUAUCUCCUCAAGUUGGCUAUCGUUGGUUACCAUGAGAUCACUGAAGAUCGGAAUCCGGAGGACUAUGAAUACCAACUCAACCUCAUGUUUCAUGACGACGAUGAAUGGUGGGUAAAUGACUUCAUGAAACCUUUUCUGGAGCAGAGGAUGCCUCAUCUGGAGCGCGUCAUAUUUGGUGAUGCCGAUCUUCACCCAGGAUUGUUCUACUUGAACGCCAUCUAUGACGUCAUCGAAAACAGCCACAAGACAAUAUUGUUGCUUAGCAACCAGUCUGUGGAUGAUACCUGGUACAUGACCAAGCUCCGUAUGGCAGUGGAGCACAUGAAUGACACAAAGUUGGAGAAGGUCAUCCUGAUUUUCUUUGAAGACAUCGAUGAUGACCAUCUACCGUACCUUGUUAGGCUCUUGCUGAGUCGGAACAAGCCUUAUUUGCUGUGGACAGAGGAUGAAGAAGGUCAGGAGGUCUUCUGGGCAAAGGUCCAGAAGAGCAUGAGAUCAAACCGGCAAAUGAACAAUGUUAUACCCGUUUAA